AUGGCGACGCCACUCUCCUCUGCCCCUCCUCCCUUCGUCCCAGUUCAGCUGGAUCCCACUAAGGAUUCCGGCAAGGACACCGAGGGCACCUCAGCUCUCCCGGAGAAAACCUCCGGAGCGGAGCAGGCAGAAAAGAAGGCGGAAGAAAUCGCCACCAAGAAGUCCAAGGCCCGCCAGCGAGACUCGGAAUCCAAAGGGAAAUGGUGGCCCUGCACCACCACAGAGACCGAGCUGAAGAACUUGGAGGGGGAAGGCUUCCUGCAACCCGGAAGCUGGAGGACAGUUCCGAAUGCCUUAGCACCAGCCCCCCAAGACAACGAGAUGGUGCUGACGAAAGCGCUGGUGGAGCGAGGCUUCUCAUUUCCGCCAUCGGACUUCUUCUUGGAAAUCCUGAAGUUCCGGAAGCCAACCACCCAAAGCUCCAAGAGUUCUGAAGAAGAAGGUCAAGCCGUCUCCGGCUUCAGUCCCUACCCCAUCGACCACGGCGAUUCCGGCAAGGGCGCCUCCUCGUCUGCCCCUCCGCCUGAUCAACCUAGCGCCACCUUCGCGGAGCCUACGGCGGAAGAGUAUGAGCAGAAAGUGCAGCUCAUCCACGCCUCCAGCACGCUUCAAGCUAACCCUCAACCAGCUCCGUCCCUGCAAAAACGUUCCCUUGCAGAGCGCCACGCGGAAGUUUCCGCCAUGAUGGACAAGGUGUGGGGGAAGGCGAACGUGGAGAUGCAGGAGCUCACCGAACUGGAGGACGGUCUGAAGGUGUUUUUUGCCAAACACAAGGACGUGCGCCAGACCACGCGGAAAUUGCACGAGGAUCUGCGCGUUCACGUGCUGCAGCAGAUAACGGAGAUUGAGGCGCUGCGCCAGAAUGCGGAGAAUAGCCAAAAGGCUAUCCAGCUUUUGGAGACCCGCCUUCGCGAAGAGACUGCCAAGCACUCUUCAUUCGAUGAUCUGUCCGCCAAAGUCAAGGUGCUCGAGGCGGAGAAUGAAUCUCUCAAGGCCUUCAUCAAGGAAUCCUCCGACAAGGAGAAUGAGGCGAGGAAGGAGCUCUCCGAGAAGCAUGCUCGCGAGUUGGCGGAAUUGAAUGAUAAGCUAAAGAAGAGCCAGAGUCGAGUAACUUCCUUAGUGGCCAAGAAUAAAGUUCAAGAGGCGGAGGCGGAGGCCAUUGACAAGCUCAUCUUCCACGGUUCCGACAUGGGCGCCAUCCUCUCGGAAACCAAAGGGUUUGAGCAGCUGUUUGUCAGGCGAGUUAACCACUCAUUCUGGUAUCACAAGUACGAUUUGCCCAAGGGAUUUUCCGACGCGGAGGAGGAAGAAGGCGAGCCAGAGUACUACGCGGAAGGCUCCGGGUCGAGCAUCGAGCGUUCCGGAGAAGGCUCCGACGACGACUCCGAGGAUGGCUCCGACGAUAGCGAUGGCGAUGGCUCCGCCUACCAAGAAUCUAAAGAGGAGGACUCCGAGUAG